AUGAUUUUGAAUAAGGCAUGGGUCAAAGUAAAAGAUCGUUCAUCUAUUGAUUAUGUAAAUGGUGUUGAUGAGUUUAUAAAUUUUUCUCUUUCCAAAGUAAGAGAAGAUGAUCGAGAUAGUACUACUAUUAGGUGUCCUUGUAAUUGUUGUCGCAAUAUAUUUCUUAAAACAAAAUGUGAUGUAAGAUUAGACUUGCUUAAGAGUGGAAUGUAUGAGAAGUACACUUUUUGGGAACUUCACGGGGAAGAAUUAGUUGAAUCAGGUGAAGGGGAUGAUGUUAAUGAGUCCAAUGACACUGAUAGUGGUUUCACAAUGUUGCAAGAUGCUUGUGGAGUUGGUGCUAUGAAUGUUGGGAGUUCUCAAGAGGCUUUAAAUAAUGUUGAGGAGUAUGAGAAACCUAAUGCAAAUGCAAAAAAGUUUUUCAAACUUUUAGAGGAGUACCAAGAACCAUUAACAAUGCAUGGCACAACAAUGUCUAAGUUGUCAUAUAUUGUUAAAUUAUUACAUUUAAAGGUUUUGAAUAAUUGGUCUGAUAAAUGUUUUGAUAGUUUACUCCAAUUAGAACGUCAAGGCUAUGGCGCUUACCUUCCAACUUCUUAUUACGAGGCUAAGAAACUCAUUAAAGACUUGGAGCUUGAUUAUUGUAAGAUUGAUGCUUGUGAAAAUGAUUGUAUUCUUUUUUGGAAAGAGCAUGAAAAAUUGAUUGAGUGUCCCACUUGUGGUUUAUCAAGGUGGAAACAAGAAAAAGAAGGCUCUUCUAAGGGGGUAAAGGCUUCUAGAAAAGUGCUAAGAUAUUUUCCAUUGAAGCCUAGGCUACAAAGGUUGUACAUGUGUAGAAAGACAUCCAAAGACAUGCGUUGGCACAAAGAAAGGGAUGCUACUAAAGUGAAUGAUUGUGAUAGGAUUAUAGAUGAUGAUGCCCUUUCUAGGGAAGAGGAGGAUGAUACCUUGUUGGAGGAUGACAAUGCGAGUGGGUUGGAUGAUACAAUGAGACAUCCAUCUGACUCCUUUGCAUGGAAAUCAUUUGAUGAAGAAUAUAGUGAAUUUGCUAAAGAGGUGCGAAAUGUUAGACUUGGACUAGCUUGUGAUGGCUUUCAGCCUUUCAAUAAUUCACAACAUAGCAUAUGGCCAGUAGUUCUUAUCCCUUAUAAUUUUCCUUCUUGGUUAUGCAUGAAACCUUAUUCAUUUAUGCUAUCUUUACUAGUACCAGGUCCAACAAGUCCAGGAAUUAAUAUGGACGUCUACCUCCAACCACUUAUUGAGGAGUUAAAGGAGCUUUGGGAGGUUGGUGUUGAAACCUAUGAUGCUUACUCUAAAACAAAUUUCAUCUUGCGUGCAUCACUACUGUGGACUAUCAAUGACUUUCCUGCGUAUGCAGAUUUGUCUGGAUGGUCCACCAAAGGUUAUUACGCUUGUCCGUGUUGUCAUAAGGAAACUAAACGGACUUCGUUGAUGCAUAAGGGUGGUUAUUUAGGGCAUCGACGUUGGCUUCCAAUGAAUCAUAAGUGGAGAAAUGAUGCCAAUUCUUUUGACGGUAAAAUUGAAAAAGGUGUUGCACCAGUUCCAUUGAGUGGGGAUGAUGUAUUACAACAUUAUAGCCGAUUCUCACAAGCAAAAUAUGGGAAGAUUGUAGGGAACAAAAGAAAAAGGGAUGCUUCUAAUAGCUUGUUUGGGUGGAAAAAGAAAAGCAUUUUCUUUAGCUUGCCUUAUUGGAGGAAAUUAAAAGUUCGUCAUAACUUGGAUGUUAUGCAUAUUGAGAAAAAUGUCUCUGAUAAUAUCUUGGGUACUUUAAUGAGCAUACAAGGCAAAAACAAAGAUACUUUGAAGGCUCGAUUGGAUUUGGUGAAGAUGAAAAUCAGAGAUAAGUUACAUCCUAAAGUGGUUGAUGGUAAGGUGCGUGUUCCUAUUGCUAUAUAUACAUUGAGGUCAGAUGCCAAGGUUUCCAUAUGUCGUAUGUUUGCAAAAAUGAAAUCUCCCGAUGGAUAUCUAUCAAACAUUUCUCGUUGUGUUAAAGAUAAUGGAAAAAAGAUAUCAUGUUUGAAGAGCCAUGACCAUCAUGUUUUUAUAGAGCAGUUGCUUCCCCUUGCACUUCGUGGGUUUUUACCUAAAGAGGUUUAUGACCCUUUGGUUGAACUAAGUUUUUUUUUCCGAGACCUUUGCUCUAAAAACAUAAGUGUUGGUCAAUUGGAAGAACUUGAAAAAAAAAUUCCUUACACCUUAUGCAAGUUGGAAAUGAUAUUUCCACCGGCCUUUUUUGAUGUUAUGGUGCAUUUAGUUGUACAUUUGGCAACUGAGGCAAAAAUUGCUGGACCAGUUCGAUAUCGGUGGAUGUAUCCUAUUGAGAGGUAUCUCCGAACAUUAAAAUCAUAUAUUCGAAAUCGAGCACAUCCAAAAGGUUGCAUUGCUGAAGGUUAUUUGGCAGAUGAGUGCUUAACAUUCUACUCUAGAUACAUGAGUGACAUUGACACUAAAUUCAAUCGCAAAGUAAGAAAUGACGAUGAAGAUAUAGAAGAGGAUACAUUAAAAUCAAACCUUGAGGUUUUUAGACUACUUGGACAUACCAUUGGGGGGAGUACACCAAAACAUCUAGAUCAUCUGGAGUGUGAUCAAAUCCAUUUUUAUAUUCUUCAAAACUACGAUCCACUUCUUAAGUUUGUCCAAAAACAUAAGUUGCAAUUGGAGAAGGAAUGUCCAAGAAAUGUAGAACGGAGGCACAAAGAACAAUUUUCCAAAUUGAUAAAAAAUCAAGUACCAAAAAUUUAUAAACUUGGACGCUGUGAUAAAGACUUGUACAAUUUGGUUUGUGGUCCUUCUAGAGUUGUAGGGCGUUACACAGCAUAUAUUGUAAAUGGUUUCCGUUUCCACACUAGUGAUAGGUCAGAAAAUAGGGAAACACAAAAUUCAGGUGUCAUGGUGCGUGGUGAUGAUGCUUCAGAUAAGGAAUACUAUGGCGUUUUGAGAGACAUAUAUCAAAUGCGUUAUCCUGGAGAAAAUCAUGUAUUUGUCUUCAAAUGCAGUUGGUUUGAUGUAGAAAACCUUGGUAGAGGGUAUAAGGUAGAUGAGCAUGGUUUGGUUAGUGUGAAUAAGAAUAAACUUUUAAAGUCGGAUGAUGUGUUUGUGCUAGAAUCCCAAGUGGAACAAGUAUUUUACAUACAAGAUGAAAACAAUGAGAAUUGGGAAUUUGUUGUAAAAGCACAACUAAGGGAUUUGUAUAAUAUGAGUGCUAGUGAUCUACAUAAGGAGGGUAUAGAUGUAGAUGCCUUUCAACAAGUAGAGGUGGAAGCUAAUAUUGAAGCUGAAUGUACUGAUUGCGUACAUACUGACAAUUUCAGAGUUAGUUCGUCGUUGGCUACAAAUAUGUUUAUGGAUUAUAAAGGAGAACAUGAAGUGCAAAUGGUUACACAAAUAUUGGAAGAUGACAAUUUCAUUAAUGAUGGUGAAAUUGAAGUCUUUGAGGAAUCGAGUGAAGUUGAAGAAGAAAUUUGA